GUCCCAUUGGGAGGCGCAGAAGCCCUUCCCGAGAAGAGGCCUGAGUCACCCCAUCGCGGCCCUCCCUCCCUCCUCUCCUCUCCUCCCGGGGAAACCCGGGCUUAGGAUCCGAGCCAGAAGGAGGCGGAGGAAACGCCUGGGCGGCUUAUAAAGGGAAGGCAGCGCGCUGGCCUUCGUUGCGCCUCCGAAAUCCCUCGCCUCGCCAUGGAGCCCACGGCCUCUUCCCACCUGCCGAGCUUGACACGGACUGCUUGCUUCUUCAUGCUUCUGGGGCUGGUUUGUGCCCAGAAGAUGCCCGAAGACAGCAGAAAGAUCUGUCUGCAGCCACCUGUCGAAGGACCCUGCCGUGCAAUAUUUUCCAGGUGGUACUAUGACAGAUACUCACAAGCCUGCAAAGAGUUUGCAUAUGGAGGCUGCGAAGGGAACAACAACAACUUCUUAAGUUGGGAGGAAUGCUCAAAACGUUGCAGCUCAAUUAAAAAAGUGCCUAAGAUAUGCAGGCUGGAGGCUGAUGAAGGAAUCUGUAGAGCUUCAAUACGGAAAUAUUUCUUUAACCUCCAGUCAAUGAGCUGUGAGAAAUUUUACUAUGGAGGAUGUCUUGGAAAUGAAAACCAGUUUGAUGAUGAAGAAUCCUGCAUGGACACUUGCAUGCCGAUAAAAACUGCCCCAUCCUUUUGCUACAGCCCAAAAGAUAAAGGAGUGUGUUCAGCUUCAGAGCCUCGUUUUUACUACAAUACGAAGACAAAAGCCUGCGAGGAAUUCACUUACACAGGAUGUGGUGGAAAUAAUAACAACUUUCGGACUCAAAAAGCCUGCCUCAAGGUCUGCAAAAAAGCAGAGAGAAGGAAACCAAGUUUUUUGAGACGAAUAAAACCCAGCACAUAAGACAAUGAAAUUGCUCCAAAUGAAGAAGUCAGUAGACUGAAGGCACUGUUUUAAGUUACUGGGAAUGUUUUCUGAUGUUACUGUUAUCUGUUGCUGCUAAACAUUUUUAUCAUACUGUAGAGGAGCAUUUUUUGAACUGUAACAAACCAAAGAUGCCACGGUCUAUCAAGGUCAAAUUGUAGACAAUCAACCUUUCUGGAUUGAGACCUAUGGGCAGCACAAGAUGUUCUGCUAGGAGAAACAAACUAACUUUCAAGGUGGCCAACUGCAACAUUCACACUUGCCUUAAGCAGACAAGAGUUCUUUCUUCCACCCUGGACAUUCCACAAAUAUAUAAACCUCAGUUGCCUAGUUUCCAACAGACCUUACAACCUCUGAGGAUGCCUGCCAUAGAUGUGGGCAAAACUUCAGGAGAUAAUGUUUCUGGAACAUGGCCAUACGGCUGGAAAGCUCACAGCAACCCAGUGAUUCUGGUCAUGAAAGCCUUUGACAACACAUCAAACUAACCUUCACCUAGGUGUCUGGCUCUCAUGAAAUAGACUCAAUACAUCUGCAGAACACAAACAUUUUUCUUAACCGUUUAGUUAAUAUGUUUGGUGAACUUUUCUAAUGACUGUUUAUGUGGUCCUACCACCUAUCAUAUUGAUAGGGAUGGACCCAGAGUUUGGAAAUAUUAUGUUGGGACAGUAACCCCUAGAAUCCCCCAGUCUAGCAUAGUCGGUUCUGGAAGCUUUAAUCCAAAAAUCACUCCUCUAAAAAGUGAUAGGCAUAAAUCAUAGCUCAGUGAUAGUUCAUGGGCAUUGAAUGUAGAAACUCCCAGCUUUUGAAAGUUUCUUGUUCUUAUUAAUAUUAAUUUUCUCAAGUUUUAAAAAUAUAAAAGUAAAUUAAUUUGUUUAAUCAUUUUCUUUGCAUGGUUGCAUAGCGAUUGUUCUCCCGUCUUGGGAGGAAGGGCUUAACCAUCCCAAACAUAUGUCAAGACAUAUGGCAUCUUGUCUUUUUUGUAUAGCAGAACAUUGUUAGUUGUUUUUGGCUCAUUCUCAUAUAAGAAAUGAAUGCAUAAUUGUUUACAAGAAAACUGUACUAAGUGAUAUUAAUUCCCCUGCCAUGAUCUAUCACCUACACAUCUGGAAAGCACUGGAUUGGAGAAGAUGCCUUAAAGAACAGACAUGAGAGAAACAUCUAAAUGACAAACACCAUUUGAUAAUCUCAAAGUGUGUGCAAACCUUCUAAGGAACCAAAUCAGAAUUGGUCAAGAUUUUCAGUGUUCAUACAAAAUUGUAAUAUUUGCUGUCAAAGGGGAGAAAUGAGCAAUAUACUUGACUGUUUUACUUAUUUAAAAAAGAAAACUGAUUAGCUGCUUAAGGGGUUAUUUUUGAUGUUGUUUACUGUGGCAUUAUUUUUCAGUAUUACCAUUUUGACAUUAUUCACUAUAAAGCCACAGGUUAUUACCAUGACUGAGUACAUUUCUAUGUGACAGUUACAAUGGAGAAUUUCAGGCAGAAAACUAUUUGUAAGCUGGAAACACUGCAAAUUGGAAUUUAUUAAAUAUUUGGGGUUCCUUUCCUUUCUUUGAAGCAACCACCAUUACCACUUACAAACUGCAUUUCUGGUUUAUUUUAUUAACUUCUUAAUAUUUACUGAGGUUUUCCCCUUCUUGUGUAAAGAGAAAAUUACUUACUUUCAUCCCUUAUUGACUUUUCCCCAGAUUCCAUGUCCUCGUUUUCUUUGCAUGUGGGUCUGGUAGUAUUGUAAUCCCGUAGGAAUGUGUAAAAUCACUGUGUUUUAAGUGGAAGUAAAUAUUAAUAAAAUAAUCUGGUUCUGUAA